UUGAAAUGCUGGUCAGAAUAUAGUGAAGAUACAAGGAGUCAGACUCAGGAGUUAGGAAGAACAGCAGUCCCUGUAGCCAAGCUUAAGAUCUACUUCACUGAACAGGUGAAGUCCUUUGUAGCUUCACAGGAAUUCACUGCACAGGAAGAUUCUGAACAUUCACCAGCAUCUUUGAGAAAGGAGCACACCCCAUCAUAGAGAGGACAUUGCAUGUCAGGAUACACAAAGAUGGAAGCCAGAAGUAACUUCCAGCUCCUGGUAUCGCUGAUGCUGCUCAGUCUCUUCUGCUCACAAACACUGGCAUUACCUCUUGAAACAUAUUCUGCCAUGAGGGGCAAUGGUAUGCUUUUUGAUGAACCUGACCAAAAUCUAGGUUUAUUAAAUCUGGAAAAUGAUCAAUUGGAAAGUGUAUUACCUGAAAAUGACUUGUCUUUUUUGGAUGCUCCAAGGUCCUUGAUCAGUGAUCUCCGUAAGCCAAAAAAGCGUCAUAGUGAUGGAAUCUUCACUCACAAUUACAGCGAACUCCUGAGGAGGCAGGCACUGAAGAAAUAUUUAGACUCACUUUUGAAGGACAAGAGAAGUGACAAAAACAACCCCGAAGAAGGAUCUUAAAAGCGAUACUAAAAAAGUAGAGCUGAUGCAUUGCUUCCUAAUGAAUUCCUGAAAGAAAUCUACAAUGAACAAAUUGACUAUUUUUUGAGUUCUACAUAAAUCUAUCAAAGAAACAUCUUCAAUAUUAAAACCAGAACAAAUAUAUGUUGUAGUGAAAGUUGUGAUUUAUUUGCUUCUCAUGUAAUAAAAGUGAUGUUUACACUGCAAAUAUAAUUUUAGAGAUCUUUAUCUAAAUGUUGUCUUCAAAUCAUGAAAAGCCCAUGGCUUCAUAUGCUAUGUAUCCUUUCUUUUAAUAAAUGUAUUGAAAAAAUUAAGUGCACACUGGGAUUCAAUAUCCCAUGGUCCCUGACUUUGUAGAAGGGUGGCAAAGAGGAAAAAUAUUAUAAAAAACUGUGCCACAAGGGUCCCCUUACAGACUAUCCAUAAUUCAUGAGUAUAACUAAGAUAAUUCCAUCCAAAAAAAAGAAAAUUAACAUAUUCCCUCAUGUUAAUGGAAUCUCAUGGGUUUUUGUUUUGUUUUGGAUGUUUUGUUCAUUCCAACCCUAAAAGUCAGCCUUCAGUUAGAGUAUCAUUAGAAACUACCCACAUUACAACUUCCAAAGCAUGCAUAUGUAUUGGAAUAGAUUCACUUUUGAUUCAGGGGAUUGACUCCACAUAGCUCUGGUUUAAGUAAGUCUAACUGGAUUCUGUGUUUGGAGAGGUGUGCAAUGACAUUGGAUAGGUCUGUUGCUUUACAGGAGCAAAGCUUUUCUCUAUGAGCGCUCACUAUAAGUCUCCAGUGGUAUUAGCAGUCUCAUAGAGAAGAUAGAUCUAGCGACAUAACUAUUUUUUUUUCAAAGUGAAUGUAGCAUUAAAUGUAGACAAUAAAGACAUUUGAUUAUCA